CAGUGCAGUGCCACUGCCGUGCUCUCCAUAGACUGCUCUUGUGCUGAAAAGCUACGUGUACUUUCCUACUUUCCUAGCAAACGUUACCGUUUUGUAUCAUCGUUUCUUUGGUUGACUACAAAUGGCCCAUUUGACAACAAAUCCAAACGACAAAGAAAGAUUUAUUUGCAUUUACCCCGUAUAUAUCAACAGCAAGAAAACCUUAGCCGAGGGCCGCAGAAUACCCACGGAAAAGGCUGUUGAAAACCCCUCGUGUGCAGAGAUACGGGAUGUUUUAACAGCGGCAGGAUUAAAUAUUCUGGUGGAGAACAACAAGAUGCACCCUCGUGAGUGGAACAGGGAUGUACAGUUCAGGGGAAGAGUUCGUGUCCAGAUCAAAGAGGAGGAUGGAAAUCCUUGUCAAGAGAAAUUUUCCUCCCGUAAAGAUGUGAUGUUUUACGUAGCAGAAAUGAUCCCAAAGUUGAAGACAAGAACACAGAAGAGUGGAGGUGGGGACACAGGAGCACAGCAAGGAGAGGGAGGCAAGAAGGGCAAGAAGAAGAAGAAGUAGAUUAUGUGUCUGUGGGUCCACUUGUGAUUUUUGGGGGUUUCUUGAGUUUAGGAGCUUUAUUCAAUCUAAGCAGAGGGUUGUACAAUUGUAGUCAUCCUCAGGUAAAAAUGCUGUUUUUUUUAUUAGAUUGUUGAGGAUUGAUGGUUAAUUUUGUGUUUACAAUCACUGUUGUUGGUUCGAUAGAAAUGCAGUUUCUUUUUAAUUUGCAUCUGAAUUUGUAUCUGCAAACAGUAUGUCAAAUACAAUGAACCACAGUGAAAGAGACAAAGACUUCAAAGGAUUGCCAUGACCGGGAGCAAUAACCACAUCCUUAUGUAUGUUUCAACAUGGGGGAUAUGGCAAAACUCCCACUUUUUUUCUUUACUCCUUUCUUAUGUUAUAUUUACUUUUGGAUUUUUUUUUUUUUUAACAAGGAACAGAAGAGGCAAAUUCUUGGGAUACUGAAAAUCUUGCUUGGCCAUGCUGAAGCAUGUGAUAGGGACACAAAUGUGUUGCAGUGAAUGGAGCAGGAGUGUUACAUUAGAGCUGCACAUUAUAUAGGUUGUGGCCACAUAUUUGUAUUCCACUCACAUGAUUUAAGGACUAGUGGGUGUGCUUCAUUUUCAUCAACAUGGUUUUACCUCUCCUCUUCCAUUGUAGAAAUUGUGCGAAAGGAUGUCUGAUUUAAUAAUGAAAAGCAGUCAUGUAAUAAAGGAUUCACAAAUA